UCUGGCUGGACAGCGGCAUCGGGUCACAGGCAUCAGGUCAUUUGGCUCGACCGCGGGCACCGACGUCAUCUGGCAAGGCAGUGGGCUCCGAGUCAACUGGUAUGACCGCGGGCACUGGGUCAUUUGGCUCGACAGGCGGGCACGCGUUCAUCUGGCAAGGCAGUGGUCUCCGAGUCAACAGGCACGGACAGUGGGCACCGGGUCAUCAGGUACCGGAUUGUCUGGCUCGACAGUGGGCAUCGGGUCAUUCAGGUAUGACAGCGGACACUAGGUCACCAGGCAUCAGGUCAUUUGGCUUGCCAGCGGGCACCGCGUCAUCUGGCAAUGGCAGUGGGCACCGAGUCACCAGGUACGACAGCGGGCUCUGAGUCAAUUGGCACGACAGCGGGCACCGGAUCAGGUACCGGAUCAUCAUUGGAUCAACAGCGGGCAUCGAGUCAACUGGCCUAAUAGGAUCGGUCAGGCUGGAUCAGUUCAUCAUGCUGGGUAGAGGCAUUAGGCCGAGUAGAGGCUUCAGGCCGAGUAGAGGCAUCAGGCCGAGUAGAGGCUUCAGGCCGCGUAGAGGCUUCAGGCUGAGGAGAGGCUUCAGGCCGCGUAGAGGCUUCAGGCCGAGUAGAGGCUUCAGGCCGAGUAGAGGCAUCAGGCUGCGUACAGGCAUCAGUCUGAACCACGGAAGGCAGGCUCACCGGUUUGGAUACUGGCAGGAUGGUAUUGGUUGGAAAGAAUUUUCGCUUUUUUUUGGUUUUAACUACUGGAGCACUGCAAGUAAACGCAGGUCUGCAAAACGAAUGGAGCAGCUGGAGACAGAGGAAGAACUGGAGGAUGGACAGGAGAGGGAGCAGUUGCUACAGAGGGCUUUUUUACAGGGUUAAAGGCAGGAUAGGUGCAGCGAGUGGGAACAGGGUACUGACAUGCGGUAGAUAG